AUUCUUCUUCUUAUGUACGGUUCUCUUCAAUGUAUCACUGUGCUCUCUUCUCGUUCUCGAUCGAAUCAUCCGCAACGGUUUCUUCGAGAAUCUCACUCUCCUUACUGUAACUAUUCUCAGCUUCCCCUCUCUUAUUUCCAUUUCCUUCAUUUUUUUAUUUUGUUAUAUUUUUUUUCUGUAUCUACGAUUUCGUUUCGUUUGGAAAUUCAUUUCUAAAUGAUCGAUGGGCGAGAGGACACCGGAAUCGUCGGAUCUGUUUCAACCACUGCUGCUGCGGAUCACUCAAUCCGAUGGUGACGAUGCCGCUGCCGCCGCUUCUGUCUCGCCUCUGUCGCGGUACUCGUCUUGCGGUGGCGAAUCGGAGUUCGAUCGUUAUUGCAGUGCCGCUUCCCUCAUGGGAACUCCUAGCGUCUGCGGCAGCGCCGUUACACUCUUCAAUGAUUUCUCCGACGCUGAUUUCGCUAACGGUUUAGAUAAUUUCACUCUCGGCGGAGGAGAUAGGGCGGAGACGAAUCACGACGGUGAUUGCGGGCGGAGCCUCCGGUACGGUUCUAGCGGAUUGGAAUUGUACGGAGAUUGCAGUGAUGAGCUCGCUAUGACUGUGCUUGAUUCAUCGGAGUUGUUAGGGUUUAGUAAUGAUAGGAUUGGGAAUUGUGAUAAUAAUGGUAACGCUAGGGUUGAGGAUAGUGAGAAGUGCGGGGUUGGUGAUGGUGAUGCGAGAUCGGAAAGUGGAAUGGAUCAAUUGGAUGAUGUGGAGAGAGCACAGGAUGAUGGGUUAUCGGAUUUGGAGGGAGAAGAUUCAAUGCGCAUGGUAAGUAAUAGUGAUGUAAAAUUGGAGGGUGGAUUGUGUGGUGAGGGUGAGGGAUUGGAUCAAUUCGAUAAUUUUGCUGUGCAAUUGAGGUUGGAAGACAAGGAGGAAAGAGAGAAUGAGAGGGUUGAGGAGGGAGGGUUGUCCGAUUUUGAGCAUUCAGAGGGUGAGGAUUCAAUGUAUAACUAUGGAAGCGACAGCAGUGAUGGCAAUAGGAAUGAGUCUUUUGUGGCGAAGAGUGUGCAAUAUCGCGAGGAAUUGGAAGCACGGAACGAGAAUCCAUUGCUUAUAAACUCCUCUGUGGCCUUUGGCUCAAAUGACCUGGAUGAUUUUCUGCUAGAUAAUGAUAGGUUUGAUCAAAGUCCUGAGAUGUCUGUUUUUUUUCGCGAGAAGCAAAAAAAGAACAAUGAAGUUAGAAAUGAUGCAGUGAACUUUGACUCUGCGAGCUCAGUGGGUUUGGAAAGGGGUAAAGAUGAAAUGAACAUGGUUGCUGUGAGUGAAAAAGUUGAAGAAAUCAAAGAUGAGCCUGAAGCAGUGAAAGAGGUUAUAGAUAUUACUCCUGCAAUGUGGCAGGUUCAAGGUGCCAAUAAAUUGAAUAACGAAAUGGAUAGUUCUAUGCAUACCUUAACUGAUUUUCCAAACACAGUCAAUCCACAGGUCCAAGGUGUUGAUGCAUUGGUUAAUUGUCCGAAAACAUCUUCAAUCACCAUGUCAUAUGAUGUAUCUUUGGAUCCUAUCACAGAAGGAGGUCUUCAGCACAAGGGUCUAAAUGCUACUGAUAGUGGAAAUCUGGAGAAGGGGAAUAAACACACCAAGAGUGAAAUUAGUCAAAUUACAACUGAGGCUAAUCUUGCUCAACAUGUAAAAAACACAGAUUUGGGUAGUUCUAUGGUCAGAUUUGAUCACUUUCCUGAUAGCAGAGUUGAUCAAAGUUCUUCCAAUCCAUCCAACCAUAUAGGGAAUAUGAAUGGAAACACAUUUGAUAGUGAUGAACGAAUCUUACAUCAUUCAAAUGUUGGAAUGAGGCAAACAUUAGAGAGUAUUUCAACAUUAACAGAGCAUUUAGAAAAAACUCCUGCAAAAUCUAAGACAGAGGACUUUGAGUUGAAUGAAUUCUACGAUGAGGUUGUUCAGGAAAUGGAAGAAAUUUUAUUGGACUCUAUGGAUUCUCCUGGGGCUAGGCAUUCCAUGCAUAAUAGAAUGAUUGAAUCACAAUUGUCGAUGCCUUCAAGAGAUGGUGGGCUGACUGCUUCUACUUCUAGUAUGGAUAAUGCUUACAUGCUAGGUCAACGCCUGGCAAGAAUAGAUAGAAUUGAAGUUGUAGGUGCAAGGCAGAAGAAAGGAGAUGUUUCUUUCAGUGAAAGAUUGGUUGGGGUUAAGGAAUACACUGUAUAUAAAAUAAAAGUGUGGAGUGGUAGGGAUCAGUGGGAGGUCGAAAGGCGAUAUCGUGAUUUCCUUGGCCUCUAUCGUAGCUUAAAAACCUUAUUCAGUGAGCAAGGCUGGAAUUUACCUUCGCCUUGGUCUUCUAUUGAAAAGGAGUCUAAGAUGUUUAGAAGCGCAUCUCCUGAUAUUAUUGCUAAAAGAAGUGUUCUCAUUCAAGAGUGUUUACAAUCUAUUCUCCGUACCCGGUUCUAUUCAAGUCUUCCAAGAGCAUUGGCUUUGUUUUUAUCCCCUCAAGAUUCAGAUCCUCUUUCACAUGUGUCAAAUGCACUAGUGUCUCGGUCUUCUUUCACAGGAGGAAUCAUUGGGAACUCUUCUACUUUGGGGAAAACCAUAUCACUUAUAGUUGAAAUUCCACCAAACAAAUCUGUGAGACAGUUGUUAGAAGCACAGCAUUACACUUGUGCUGGAUGCCAUAAGCAUCUUGAUAAUGAGAAAACCUUGAUUCAGGAUCUUGUACAGACAUUUGGCUGGGGGAGGCCCCGACUUUGUGAAUACACUGGUCAGUUGUUCUGCACUUCUUGCCACACAAAUGAGACUGCAGUCUUGCCUGCAAGGGUUUUGCAUCAUUGGGAUUUCUCGCAUCAUCCUGUUUCUCAGUUAGCAAAGUCAUAUCUGGAUUCUAUACAUGAGCAGCCUAUGCUUUGUGUCACUGCAGUGAAUCCCUUCCUUUUGUUGAAGGUCCCAGCCUUGCGUCGUGUUAUGAGUGUCAGGAAAAAGAUAGGAAUCAUGCUUCCAUUUGUUCGCUGCCCAUUCCGGAGGUCUAUCAACAAAGCACUUGGAAGCCGGAGGUAUCUCCUUGAAAGCAAUGACUUCUUUUCUUUGAGGGAUUUGAUUGAUCUUUCCAAAGGAGUCUUUGCUGCACUUCCGGUUAUGGUGGAAACUGUGUCAAGUAAAAUCAUGGAACACAUUACUGACCAGUGUCUCAUAUGCUGUGAUGUGGGAGUCCCUUGUAGUGGCCGACAAGAUUGUAGUGACCCAUCUUCUCUCAUUUUCCCAUUUCAGGAAGAUGAUAUCGAAAGGUGUAAAGCUUGUCAAUCUGUUUUCCAUAAGCGUUGCUUCAGAAAGCAUGCGAACUGUCCUUGCGGCACACAGCUCGGAUCAAACGAGACAAAGAGCUUAACUAAGAUUCCAAGCCAGAAGGGAAUUAGUGACUCAAGUGGACCCUUGGACUUGUUAGGGAGGGGACUUAGUUCUGCUGGGUUAUCACCUAAACUACUCUCUGGGUUAUUUUCCAGGGAGAAGCCAGAGAAGACCAGAGACCAUAAAGACGAAAAUAUAAUAUUAAUGGGUUCAUUGCCAAGCAAUUCUUUAUAAUGAAAAUUUACGCCCUAUGUCUAUAUCUCUUGUUGAUUAGUUGUACUAUACAUUUUUGUUACAUCUUAUUCUUAACGAUGUUUGUUCAAUAAUCACAGUUGUCUGUGUAGUCAAUUUUGGGUCAUCAUUUCCUUUUGUAACAAAAAUUUUUGUGUAGUGUUUAGGCUAUUUUCUUUGGAGAAAAAGAAAAAAGGUCUACGCCGUUCUGUUCUGUUCUGUUCUUGUAUUCAUUUAUUUGUUCUAUUCAUUAUAUAGCUCUAUCAGAUUUUGUACGUGCAUUUGUUCUCAUUGAUAUGAUUGCAUAAUUAGUAAUGUACCUUCUUUCAUGAUGAACUUCUCAGUCCCACUGCUGGAAAAGAUUCUUAGAACCAGACAAUUAUUUGGCUAAAAGUUAUCUGAGACAUUAUUGAUGUGGAUAUUCAGCGGUAAGUCAAUGUAUAAAUGAUUAUGAAC